AUGCCGGGACUGCCGGAAACCGACAAACUGACGCGCUACAGCGUCGCGGCUGACGAGUGGACGGAGCGCGUCAGCGGCCAAUUUCGAGGCGAAGCCCACGCCUGGUGGCAGCAGACGGGCGAGUACGACAUGGACUGGAGCGACUUCACUCACCGCCUCGAGUCGCGGUUCAACGACUCUCGCGCGCGCGCGCGAUGCCAGCGUGAACUGUUUUGUCGUGCUCAGACCCGCGGCGAGAGCGUGGAAGCCUUUGUGCACGAGAAGCUCCGCCUCCACAGACGCCUCGCGACGGGCAGCCGGUUUGGGGACAUGCUGUCCAGUAUUGUCGAGUUGCUAACACCGGAGUUACGCCCGUUUCUGCGGGGGGCAGCCGGGGAAAGCCUGGACAGUUUCCUCACACUAGCACGGGACAUAGAAGAGGACCUCAAGGCUGCGCAGUACACGCGCGGCCCGCAGAGAGAUGCAGCAGGACCAUCACGAGGAGGGGGCUCAUCACAGUCGGCCCCCUCAGACCUGUCGUGGCGCCAGACGGGCCGCGCUGGAGGGAGCGCGCGAGGGAGGCGCGCCGUCGGCGGGAAACGUGGAGCCGGGGGCGGACAGACGGCUGGGCGCCGCGCCCCGGGGCAUAAACUACCAGAGGAACCAGCGACAGAACUAAUCCACCGGUUAUGGCAUCCGUCGGAGACUCGGACGCCGCCUGCGGAGCAGGACCAAGCGCCGUCGGAUGAUGGCGGGGAUCGGGCGCGGCCUGAGCCAAAUGCCCCUGUGCCGGGGUCGCCAUCAGGACAGAGGAGUGCCACCCCGACUCCCGCGGCCUCGUCACCAGCCGUCCAGGAGCCGGACGUGUCUCUCCGGCGGCCUGCCGCUGGCGGAGGAGCUCACCGAGGGGACGACACGCUGGUGCCGGAGCUGCCAGCAGAGCCCCUCCUGGGCUCCCCACGUCCGGAUGACAUGAGACUCGCGAGCGAGGUGGGCCGGGUGCCAGUCCACUUGGGGCGAGUUGGACCCGAGGAACCAGAGCUGCUGCGGAUACCAGUUCGUGCCGACGACCGGGAGAUGCUGGCCCUGGUGGACACCGCAGCCAGCCGAUCCUUCGUCGCGGCUCACUUGGUCGCCGAGGAGGUGGUGGUACCGCGCCUGGAGCAGGUGCAGCAGGCCAUCAGGGACACCAGCACGACGGCGAGGGGCACAACCCAGGUAACACUGAACAUCAUUGGUCAUGUCAGUCGCAUCGAGGCCUGGGUGGUCCCCGACCUGCGCGAGGGGCUGAUCUUGGGAGCACCAUGGCUGCACGAGGUCGACGCCGCUGUGGAGGUGCGGGCCGGACGGAUGCACUUUGGCACCCGCGGGCGCUGGACGGUGUACGGCAUCCACCAAAGCCCCCCUCCCCCUCCUCAGUCAGUCACCCGCCUGGAGGACCUCCGGCACAACGUCCCGGCAGAGUAUGCUGACGCCAUCAGUUGGGCCCUCGAGUCCCGACCUCAGGUAUUUGCGGCGGUGGACCGGUUAAGGCGCACGACAAUGACGGAGCACAGUAUCCCUAUGGUGCCGCACCGCCAGCCGUUUGAGAGUGUGCAUGGGUUCGGGCCCCGGGAGCACGAGGCGAUCCAGUCCCAGGUGGACGAGAUGCUGCGCGACGGGGUCAUCGAGCCCAGCACCUCCCCAUACAACUCGAGGGUGGUGCUGGCCACUAAGAAGGACGGGAGUUUACACUUCUGCGUAAACUUUAAGGCUGUCAACAGACUGACGAUCCCCGCUCCCCCCCCGCAGAUCAACAUCACUGACGCCUUGGCCGGGCUGGGCGACGCAAAAAUGUUCACGACGCUGGACCUGAAGUCUGGCUACUGGAAGGUGCCGGUAUGCCCCGCCGACCGUCCGAAGACGGCGUUCACUGCGCCAGACUGUCGGCGGUACCAGUUCUGUGCCAUUCCGUUCGGGCUCAUGGACGCCCCGGCCACGUUCCAGUCUAUGAUGGUGCGCGUCCUGGACAGGUACAUCGGCGUCUUCGCCAGUGCCUAUCUGGACGACGUCAUCGUCUAUUCCGGGACGUGGGAAGACCAUGCGCACCACCUGGCGCUGGUCCUGGAAAGGCUGGCCAGACACGGACUGACUUGUGCCCCGAACAAGUGUCACAUCAAGGCUGAGGAGAUCGUGUUCCUGGGGCACCUGGUGACGGCGGAGGGGUGCCAUCCGCGUCCUGCCCAGCUGGAACUCAUCGAGGAGAAGCAGGCGCCGAAGACUAGGAAGCAGCUCCAAAAGCUUAUGGGACUGCUGAACUGGCUGCGGUCUUUUGUGCCUGACUUCGCGACGAUCACGGCCCCGAUGACUGACCUGUUGUCUCCGAAGGCCAAGUUCCGGUGGACGCCCGCCGCGGACAAGGCCCUGCGCCAGGUCAAAGACCGUUUCCGGAACUGUCACACGCUGUCGCGACUGAAACCUGACCAACCCAUCUUCGUCCAGAUGGACGCCAGUCAGGAGGGGAUGGGUGCGGUGCUCUACCAGGUGGACGGCGACGGUGUCCGGCGUGUGAUUGAGUACCCCAGUGCGAAGUUUGGGCCGGCUGAGAGGAGGUACCACGUGAACGAGCAGGAGUGCCUGGCAGUCGUCUGGGCUCUUCAGUGCUAUCGGCACCACCUCGAAGGCCGCUCGUUCACGCUUAGGACCGACAGCCAGUGCCUUCGCUGGUUGGACUCCGCUCAGGGCUGGAAGUCCAAGUUCACUCGCUGGGCCAUGCUGAUUCAGGAGUUCUCGUUCUCGGUGGAACACGUCCCGGGACGGGAAAAUCAGCUGGCCGACGAGCUGUCCAGGAAUCCGGAUCCCACGAGUGUGUUCCGCGACGACCAGGGCUGGGAGGAGGUGCUUCCUCCGAUUCACGAGCCCGUCGUCGAGAACCCGGGGCCGCGGCCGUGCGAGUUGUAUGCGCUGCCCGACCCCGCUGUCCCCGAACCAGACACGCCACCGGAGACGCUAGCCGACUUGCUUUUGCGGGUGCGGGCGGAGCAGCUCCGGGACCCAGACACCCAGUCCCGGCUGGCCGAGUGCGGGGAGAAAGAGGUACCGGGCCACCGGAGUCUUGACGGCGUGCUCCAGACCAGGGGGCCACACAAGUCGGGCAGGUGGCGGACCCACAUGCCGCCAGAGGCCAGGCAGUGGGCCCUGUGGUAA